CGGUUCGACAGACUCAUACUUGCAUAGCUCUCUGGACAUUCCCUCUUUCUCUCCAUACACAUCCCAACUUACUCCGAAAUAAGGUUCUAUACAUCGCAGGUCCACCAUGCAGGUCAAGAACAUUCUCCCCUUGGCCUUGGCCAGUGUUGCGCUCGCCCAAGAGGGCGGCCAGCUGAACCUGACUGCCGCCCUGGCUUCCCAGAACUCGAGCUUGUCGACUCUGACUAGCCUUCUCGGUACACAGCCUGGCCUCGUCCAGGCUCUCUCGCAGGCCCAGAACAUCACCAUUCUGGCCCCCAGCAACGAGGCCCUCGAGGCAUUCAUCGCGAGCGCCGGUUCCGCUGCUACCGACGCUGGUUUGGUCGCCGCCAUUCUCCAGUACCACGUCCUGAAUGGCACAUACUAUGCCUCCAACUUCACCGAGGAGCCUCAGUUCAUCCCCACUCUCCUCCAGAACCAGACCUAUGCCAACGUUACCGGUGGGCAGCGCGUCCAGGCCCAGGCUGUGGACGGCAACGUCACCUUCUACUCGGCCCUGCGGGAGAACUCGACUGUCACCACCGGAAACCUCAACUUCACCGCCGGUACUAUUCACGUCAUUGACAAGGUCCUCAGUGUUCCUCAGGGUAUCGCCGAUACCCUCCGCGCUGCGAACCUCACCGCCGCUCUGGGUGCUGUUCAACUCGCCAAUGUCACUGAGGCCCUUGCUUCCGCCGAGGAUCUGACGAUCUUUGUCCCCAACAACGAGGCUUUCCGCGCCAUUGGUAACCUCACCUCCACCCUCGGCUCCGAGCUCGCAAGCAUCCUACAGUACCACGUUGUCGCCGGUUCUGUUCUGUACAGUCCCGAUAUUACCAACACCUCUUUGACGACUCUCAACGGUGGAAACAUUACCAUCAACGUCAUCAACGAGACUGUCUACGUCAACAAUGCCGAGGUCCUGAUUCCCAACGUUUUGAUCGCCAACGGUGUCGUCCACGUCAUCGAUAACCUUUUGAACCCCAACAACACUGCCGCCGAGCCUGACACAACCGCCACCAGCCGCCCUCCUGCCUACACUGGUGCUGGCCCUGUCACUGACGGAAGCAAUCCCUUCACCAACGGCGUCACCGGACCUACUUCUACAGCACCCCUCGCCACUGAGACUGGUGCCAAUGACGGUGGCGGCGUCCGUACCACUUCUUCGUCUGUAGAGGCGGCCCCCAUGCGCACUGCUGCUGUCGGUGCCGCUGCCCUCUUCGGUGGUAUGGCCGCUUACAUGAACAUGUAAAGCUUGGAGGGAGUGGUAGUUAUAAACAGGGAGAGUAUGAACGACUCAUGAACUGGGAGGCAUCUGAGAGGGUGUAUUAAGGGUUGUAAUCGAUGCUGAUACCAACAGGCUGUGGCCAAUGUUCAUUCUUUCCAUCGUUAAUACCCCAACUGAACAAGUAGUUAAUAAUGUGAGAAGGGUCAUUUCGAAUUAUUAUUGCGCAAGCCAAAAAGCAAACAUGUUCAUUGAGGUGUUCGCAUCAGCCAAUCAAUAGCUGUGAUUUAGUU